UCACCUCCUUAGCAACGCGUGCGAGCGCGCGCAUGAAUCGAUUAAUGGGCCCUUAAGACUGAAAUAGUUGUCAAGGCUGUACUGUAGAGGCGCCCGGGUGCCUUACUUUUUCGUAUAAGCUUAAGUGCUGGGCACCCAGGAUUUCAUGGUAGGAACCUUUGAACUCCUUGUAAUUUUAAUCUUUUAAGGUUGGCUACUUCAAAUUUUUGAUAUUUCAUCCCGCUAAUUCUCCACUUUCAAAGCACCAUCAUAUUAACUGAAAAGCAGCAAGUUCAGUUUAAAUGACAUUCAAAUUUUCCGUCUGAUAAACUAUGAAUUGUGUUUCCAAACAAGAAGACUUCGUUUUGCUUUUCAAUAAGAAAGUAAACCAUUCAUAGAGGGCAGUUUCAUGGUUUGGAGUAUCUAUUUAAACACCAGGAUAGACAGCUCACCUUGCAGGGGGUGGGAACAUAUUCCGUGAUACCCAUAAUUCUCUGGUAUACUGUUAUAACAACUUCCAGGUCAGUUUGUAAAUAAAUUAUCGGACGAAUGAAUCAUGGCGGAAGUUGCUGCAAAUAAUGUCUGGUUUCUGGCAGUUGCUCUUAUUUUUCUUCCUCUUACAGCGACUUCGGUAACAUGGACAGCCCCUCCUCCUCAGUGGACUCAGACGAACCCAAAUGACAUCAGAACUGCUGAUAAGCCGGUGGUAAAUGGAAGUAUGCAGGUGCCUCUGGGGUGGAGUUACAUUCUGUUAUCUGGUUCACUGGUAUCAACCACAUUUUCUGUAAGAUUGAACGAUGGCAGCUUCGAUGAUAUUGGAACGCAUACUGGUAAUACUAAUAUAAUAUUUAACAGAAAUGAUUACAGAACGCGUUUUGGUAUCAAUGGAAAUGAAGUGGCCACCUUGAUAAUAAACGAAGUCACUGAAAGAGAAGAAGCAGUUUACCAAUGCAAGCUUACAACAGAUUCAAACAUCUGGAGUUACAGAAUACGAGUCAUUGUAACAGUUCCUGUCAAGCUAAUUAAUGUCAGCAGUGACCAGACUGUGCUUGAAGGAUCAAACAUGGCUUUGGUUUGUGAAGCAACUGGUAAACCAACACCAAACAUCACCUGGAACAGAGUGCUGGAGGAUGGUUGUAAUGGUGAAGUACUGCACCAGGGUCCAGCUUGGAAUUUUCCAAACAUUAGGAGAACUGCCUCUGGGACAUACCGCUGUACAGCUUACAACGGAUUUGGAAAUGUCGCUAGCCAAGUAUUUAAAGUGAAUGUUACAUAUCCUGCCAAGAUUGUUAAACUUGUAAGUGAACAUGAAAUUGCAGCACAACAAAGUUUGUCUCUUGAUUGUCAAGCAGAAGGAAAUCCCCAGCCUAGUUAUGCCUGGACUCCAUGUGAUCCACAGCAAAGUGUGUGUCAUCAAAGCGUGCUAAAUUUUCAAGCCGGUGACAGAAGUGUCUACACGUUCACCUGCAAUGUGGAAAAUUACCUGGGCAGUGAUACAAAAAAUACCACUCUUUGUAAGUAAGCAAGAGAAAAAUUAACUGUGUGCAAAAGGCUUUUCCGGGCCAGCAUUUGUAUUGAUCAUUGGCUUUCGUGAAAAUAUUGUUACACGCAUGUAUAUCACAAGCAGAUGUAAUCUUUCGUGUAUGGCAGUGUUAAUAACUGUUUAGUAACCCUUUACAUUGCAUCAGCAGUCGCCGUAAAUAAAGUGGUCAGUUGCAAGUACAGUUAUACUAGAUAAUCAACUGGUAUUAUCGUGUCCUCUCCACCAGCUCUCUUUGGCCUUUUUUUUGUUACAUGCACUUGGCCAGCGCAGUGGAUGUUUGCUUCUAACAAUCGUUGAUGUAGACGUUCUUGGUCUCACAAUAGGGACCUUACGCAUAUACGACGGCGACGGCGAGGACG